AUGUUCUUCUUCUUUGUGGGAGGGGUGGAGCAGCAGGUCCGUCGGGUGCUGAAGAGCGGCGCAGGGAGGUGCGUGAUGUGCCAGUCUCCGGCCGAUCUGGUGGAAUACGAGAAGGUGCUGAAGCUGUUCUUCGUGCCCGUCUGGCGGUGGCCGGCCAAAGACCCUCUCAUGUAUUGUAAAAAUUGCUCUCUCUUCUUUCCUCCCUCACACUCUCUGCCGCCCGCGAACCAAUCGCCGCCGCUGCCGGGAUCGGCGGCUUCGGAUGUCUUGAAGUGCUGGUCUUGCUCUAGAGUAGUCGAUUCUGAGUUUAGGUUCUGCCCCUUUUGUGGGUCUGCGCUGUAGAGAGAGAGAGAGAGUUGCUGUAGCCUGAAAGUUGGUGUGGAUAUGGGUUUUAUCUUAUGAGCAGAAGAAUUAAUGGGUUUUGGGGUUUUGUAAUUCUGAUAGAUUUAGUGGAUUUGAAUUCAAUAAAAAUUGUUAUUUCUGAAAUCAA